AUGGCUAGGAAUGAAUCCGAAGAUGUUGCCGGGUCUGCGGUCCUGAAGAACCCCUUCAACUUCCAGACUCAAGAACUCUCCACUUCCCCGGUUAAACCUGUGACCAUUGCUAUCUUCAUGUUUGGCCUUGGUCUUCGCCUGGCAGUCUCGCAAGGCUUGAUGCUGUUGAUGUCAUAUGGAGGUAACAAGAGUGUGGAUGGUGUUAUUAAGGAAAUCGACGCUGAUCCUGGUAUCGGCCACGUUGAAGAGGCUCAGUUUUGGCAAGUUCACUAUGGUCUAGGCAUGGCUAACCUCAGGAUACGCGUCCCGAAAGGUUCUGAUGAGGGGGCCUUAAGCCGGCUCCGGCAUCGGGUCGCCUCUCUAGUACAAGAUCGACUCGGCGAGGGCUAUGGCCAGGGAGGUAGCCUACGAUGGGAUGUGACGGUACAGAUGAUGACAGAUGCCCAUAUAUAG